GCAAACAGCCGUGAUAAAAUAUAGGUACUGCAUCGUUAUCUUAUCAUAACCUAGGUAGGUACCUAUAUUCAUUUGCGCCUCAACAGCAUGUAGAAUUCAGCGUCAACUUCUUUUAGCCACGCAAUGCCGGGAGAGCGCAUCGUCCUUGAUGGGCUAUGGCGAUGCCUAUGUCCUUCUGCCGAUAUGGCCACGCUCUCAAGACUAAUUAGCCCUCGUGGCAACGCUCACAUCUCCAAUAGACCAGGUCGGCGAGAGUACCACCGCAUUCCUGUUGUCCCUCGUACUAACCAGUCGCGCGAUGAUUACCCCCCAGGUGAGAAAAUACGGAUUGAGUACCUGAAGCGAGUAGCAAACCGAAGCCCGUGGGUUCCUGGGAUGCUCUUCGGGGACACCGAAGCUGUAACCGCAAAGCUCGAGUCGAUUCCAACGAAGACCAUCUACGCCGCUAUCAAAGAGCUCACGAGAGUCGAAGAUGCGUAUAAAUCAAUUGUAAAAUUAGUCGAAUAUCUAGUAAGAGAAAGAAAAGAGAAGCCAAAUGCUAUACUCUAUGAGAGCCUUAUAAAGGCGAAUAUCGACAAAAACCAUGGGUCCGCAGAGAUCGCCGGUCGAUUACUCCAGGAAAUGGAGAGACUAGGCAUUCCAACGACACCGCAAAUCUAUCAAGCUCUCCUAGAAGUUACGGCGGUUCAUCCUGAUUAUACUCUUCGAAACACCGUGCUCUUCGAGAUGAAAAAUCGGUGGUAUACACCAACAGCAGAUGACUUGGUAAAUAUUACUGUUGGACUAUUGAGAGAUAGCCAAUACGAGCUUGCGCUUGAGAAAUUAGAGGAAUUGCAUAAGGAUCCCCUCAACACCCCCCUCUGGCUCUACGACGUAUUCCUUUAUACCUUUGGGGACUUAGGCUUCCACGGAGAGACGCUCUCAAUUCUCAAGCAUCGAAUGAAGGUUGCAAACAUGGUCAGAGAGCCAUUGUCCCUGAAUUCAUGGCAGUUUCUUCUCGACGUAUUUAGUAGGGACGCUUUUUACGAAGGGAUAAAAUAUAUAUGGGACCGCUCAGUCUCCCCUAAAUAUAUUAAUCCACCAGAUGGCGUCAUUCUAAAUAUUAUAAAUGCGGCGUCGAAUCAUGGAGACGCAAGCUUAGCCAUAAGCGCAAUUCAGAUGCUUUCAAACCGCGGCAAGAAACUUGAGCUGCACCACUAUGAGGCUCUCGUAGAUAUCCACGCCCAGCAGAAGGAGCUUCGUAAAGCGUUUACGACCUUAUGUAUCAUGUCCAAGGCAGAUCUACGUCCUUGUCUCUCCAGUACGCGAUCCAUUUAUCGAGUGUUACGCGAUUCGUCCUCGGAAACAGAUAAUGCUUUGGCGAUAUUAAACGACCUCCGGUUACAUCAUCAUGUCCCUACAGCCGCAUUCAACGUUGUCUUGGAGACUACGGAAAUUCAUCACGGGUUCAAAGCAGCCUUGGAUCUCUAUAGAAGCGUCCGGCAGAUUUGUGCUGACGGUCCGGAUCUUGAAACCUACCAUAUUCUCCUUGGCAACUGCACAAUGAAGAAGGCAAUGAACUUUUUAUUCGCAGAGAUGGAGGCUUUCUCCGUCGAACCUACCCAAACCACAUACGACCAUCUCAUUCGAAUCUCUUGCAUGCAGGAGAAUUAUGAGCAGGCAUUCGCAUUCCUUGAGAAGAUGAAGUCUUGUAAGACAGGAGGAGUGUCAAAUAACUGGUGGAUGAGUAGGGGUUCGGCCUUGGCGCUCAUCAGAAGGUGCAUCCAAGCCGAGGAUAUCAGAGCACAGGAACUUAUUGAGGAAUGUCGUAAGAGGCGCAUAUCCAUUGAUGUGGAAGUGCAGAAAUUACUCGAGACGAUCCAAAGGCAGAAGGAGUCGGCUAAAUUAGAUGCAAGUGACCCUAUAGAACCACUAUCUAUAGUACCAGCCACUGCGAUAUCUCCAGAAGAGGCUCAGAGCUCAAAGCCUAUGGCACUGUCGAGUUGGAUGUAGAGCUAACUCGGUGGGAAUGUAAUACGUCAUAAUUCAAUUGGCUACGCCGUGGGCCUUUGAUCGCUAUGCCUCGAUGUGUGAUGCUAAGACUUACUUUCUCAUAUCACCCUUCCGGAUUCGUGUGCCUAUAUGAAGACGAUACCUCAUCGAUUCUAUGGUCUAUGCCGUUGCGGUCUUAGUCUGAGCUCAUCAACGGCGUUCAGGUGCGUAGACUAGCUGCGUAGUCGAGACGUUCUUGGUGAGGUAUUGGAUAGUACUGUUUGUGACAUCACGUAUUCAUAGCCGAUUUGUCUACCUAAUCUAUAUUUAAAUGGAUAUGCUAAUGAUUAACAUUUGGAUCCUAUACUUUGAUAAUCCACCAUGAUUUUGAGGUUUGACUUCCCAUGCUAGUUGCCACUUUAUAUAGCGUAGUUGAAAAUGCCCAGAUACAAAAUCAAACC